GUUGCCGUCGCCGCGGCCGAGUGCUGACAAAGGUGGUGUCUGUGAAAGGGAAACUCUAGCCCAAAGGAGAUUCAGCAGAUGCCAGCUGGAAGAUAGUAAGGCAUGAGCCCAGUGGAAUAAACAGAAUUAAGCUCGUAGUGGUAAAACAGGACAGAGCGCUUAGAAAGGGUGUGCAGAAGGAGGUAUCACUUUGUGAACAAAGCAGGGCUGUGGAAAAAACUUGAAGAUAUCUGAAGAGAAACAAAACCUUCCACUUCAUCUUUCCAGUGUGCUGUCUCAUGUUGCUUUGUUGGAACUUCUUAAUGAAAUGAAGUCCUCUGAAGCACCGUACUGGUAAAACUGUAUGAACAGGCAUGGUCUCAGUACAUCAAAAUAGGUUAUGGGUCUCUCUGAAAUGCAGGUUUUGGCUUGCUGUACCAGCUAAAGUGAAUCAGAAUGCCUCUCAGCGAUGACCAGAACAGUGAUUCAGAUUCUUCCCGCUUCUCUGAAAGUGCAGCUUCUUCUAGCGACUCUGAGUAUUCAAGACAGAGCUUUAACAGUGAUUCUUCAAGCAAACCCAGUUCCCCAGCCUCAGCAAGUCCUCCAAAGAUGGUUACAUUUGAUGAACUGAUGGCAGCUGCAAGAAAUCUGACAAAUUUGACUCUAGCUCAUGAAAUUGCUGUAAAUGCAAACUUUUGCAUAAAACAUGAAGACCUUCCACGGAACAGCUUUGCGGGCACAGUGAAACAAAUUCUACACAAGGCAUUUUGGGAUUGUUUGGAAUCGGAACUGAAUGAAGAUCCUCCAGAAUAUGAACAUGCUAUCAAGCUCUUCGCGGAAAUUAAGGAGAUUCUUCUUUCCUUUCUGACUCCUGGAGCAAACCGGAUUCAAAAUCAAAUCUGUGAAGUUCUAGAUACAGAUCUUAUAAGACAGCAGGCAGAGCAUAAUGCUGUUGAUAUUCAUGGACUAGCAAACUAUAUUAUCAACACUAUGGGAAAGUUGUGUGCUCCAAUAAGAGAUAAUGAUAUAAAACAGUUAAAAGCAACUGACAAUAUUGUAGAGUUAUUGAGACAAAUAUUCCAUGUUCUGGACCUAAUGAAAAUGGAUAUGGCUAACUAUACAAUUCAAAACCUUAGGCCAUAUCUUCAGCGCAAUUUGGUGGACUAUGAAAGAACAAAAUUCCAGGAAAUUCUUGAAGAAACGCCAAGUGCUCUGGACCUCACAACAGAAUGGAUCAAGGAAUCAAUAGAAGAUGAAUUGUCUUCUAUUUCUGAUGAAUCUUCAUCAUCCCCUGGUGCUGAUUGUAGUAGUUCUAAACCAAAUCUUAGUCCUAUACUGGUGCUAAAUAAUGGCUACUUGAAACUGUUACAGUGGGAUUAUCACAAAACAAUUCCAGAGACUCUAAUAACAGAUGAAGUUCGUCUUCAGGAGUUGAGAGAAAAGCUAAAUCAAUUAAAAAUCAUAGCUUGUGUGUGUCUCAUAACAAACAAUACGGUGGGUGCAGCAAUUGUAAAUGUGCCAGAUCUUGCUGACCAACUGAAAAGGAUCUCUUUUCCUCUUCUUGAAGGCAUGAACAAGAAAACUUUUGACUUGAAGGAGGCUCUGAAUGCUAUCAGUGUCCAGGUUUGCAGCAGAGUGAACAGGUCCCUCUCUGAAAGAGGCCUCCCCACUCUUACUACAGAAAUGCAGAAUAACUUAAUGGGUCAAAUUGCUAGUAUUGUCGAGGAGAACAAUCCUGUCAGUUCCUUAAUUGAUAAACGAAUCCAGUUUUUCAUGAAAAGCUUGCUUGCUCUUCCAAGCUUUCAGAAAUGUAUGCCUACUAUGCCAGGAGGCCUUUCUGUGAUUCAGACAGAGGUGGAGUUCAUUGGAUCUCAGUAUGCAAGCAUUGUAAACUUUAAUAAACAAGUGUAUGGACCAUUCUAUGCAAACAUACUUAGGAAACUACUUUUUUCUGAAGCACCAAGAGGGAAAGCAGAAACAGAAGCACCUGCCAAUUGAAAAAUGUGACCUAAUUUUUGUACCCUGUUCUCCCUUCAGCCUUUAUAAUAGAGACACUGUGAUCUGAUUUUCCUCUACUACAGAUAACCCACUCCAGUGACUAUUAAUGAGGGAGAGAGAUCUUGUAAAAUGUAUGCAGAUAAAGUUUCUGAAAUCCACUGGAAAGAGAUUUAAUUUCAAGUGUGUGUAUAUAUAUAUAUAUAUAUUUUAAUAGACUAAAUCUGUUUAAUGGAUUGUGUCAUUUGCAAUAGCCAGUAAAAUACUGGCUUCCAAGGCAAGCAUUUACAGUGACUUGCAGUAGGGAAGAGCUGGCAGAGUACUUCUUUGCCACCAUUAAAACAUAAUCAAUUUUUUAAAGCUUAAAUAUAUUUACAUACACUGAUGCAAUUAUGAUGUGACAAAAUAAUUUUAGAUAAAAUUUAUUAUGCUUAUAUAUAACACUUUAGGAUAACACCUAAUAAAACAAUUCUCUUUUCAAAAAAGACUUUGAAGCAAAAAGUGUAGUAUAACUGCUUUUGUAACCAAGAACAGGUUCAUAUUUGGCUAAGUUCUAGUACUCCUGCAAUUACUGGAACCAAAACUUGGCCUAUGUUACAUUAAGGAAUGCCAGUAUUAUGAUUUGUUUUGAAUAUAGCAGUUACAGAAGAAGAGUUCACUGUUUGAAGUAGGAACUAUUCAGAGAUUGUCAAUUGUAACUGAGGAAUUAAUGAUAAACUCCUAAGAAAAAAAUCAUGGAAAAAAAUGUCUGCAUAUAAUGUCUAUAAGCAUUCUGUUUAUCCAGUAGAGGUCAUACAGACCUCAGAAGUCUGAUCUGCUCUAGUACAUUAUAUGCUGAUCCUUGAUCUUAAUUGGGUAUUAAGUAUUUCUGAGUUAGGGCUUUCGGACCUUUGUUCUCACAGGCACUUAACUUUGAAAGUAAUCUUACAGAGUACAACAGAGCAAUUUACCUUUUGGUGGUCUGUUGGAUGAGGGCAUAAGCUUUUCAAAGGGUAUUUUGGGUACUCUUGGUUCUGAAAGCAAGAACCCAAAUUGUUAAUUGUUCUUGAAAAUCUAAGCACUUACAGUGCUUAGAUUGACUUUCACUGGGCCUCUGUGGGAAGUACUUCAGCUUUCCCCAAAUCCCUUUGGAAUAGGCCCCAAUACUUAGUUCCCAUUUAAGACAGCAGCAAUUUUGGAUACAGAAAGCAGGUUUGAAAUUAAGAAGUACAUGUAAACUUUCAGAUGUUUACUUCCAUGCUAUAUUUUGCGUAUUUCAGAUUACUGGGAAUAGAUAGUGCUGGAAUACUCUAGUAUAGAUGUGUUCUUGUCUAUGAAAAUUGAAUCAUAAUUUACUUGAAAAAUGAUCUUUUAAUAUAUUAUCAUACAAUGGUCCUUUUAAAUGUCAAAUAUAUAAAGUCCAUGUGGUACAAGUUAAAUAGCUUGUUUUUAAUAUUUUAUAUUACAAUCUAUUUUUAUUAAGAAACAAAUAUUUACCCAUGAAAGCUUAAUGUGCCACACAAAUUGUGUAUAUAUGCAUCUGCUAUGCCUAUCAUAAAGGUCUAAAAAAUGGGCAUUAUUAGCACUGUGGUUUUGUAGUCCCUUUUUACAGAAUUGUGUACCCUUUUUAUUAAGGGAAAUGACUUCUAGUCAGUUGUUGCUCAGAAUGUCUGAGGCCUUUGGCCACAUGUACAUGGUAUGAAAAACUUUCUUCAAAAUAUGUUGUUACCAAAAAAAAAAAAAGCUCUAGUGCACUUGUGUUCUAUCCCUUGUAAGAAAUAUUGCACAAAAUAAAGAUGAAUAUGUAUUUUAAAGGGAACUGUUUUUCUUGAAGCCUGAAAAACCUGAGAGAAAGGAACUCCUAGAAUAUACUAGUUGUGCCACUAAGUAAAACACGUUUGUUCAGAUGAACAUGAAAUUUUGACAAGUAAUUCAACAUCAUCAAGAGAAGAAUGCAUUUCAAAAGCAAUUAAGAGGAAUUAAAUCUUAGUGAUUUGCUACAUCUCUGGAAAUAGCUAAACUAUUUUGAGCCUUGGGCCAAAAGAAGCUCUUAUGAGCAUUAGAACAUUUAUAAAUUUAUAUCAUAAUAUUUUAUAUGCAUUCUAGUGCAAAAUAAGUUUUAGUGUGACUGUUGACUUUUAAUGUAAAUUGUCAUACUAGUUUUUACUAGAAGAUACUCGGAAUGAGGAUUUGUGGUUGGGUUUUAUUUCGUAAUUAAGGUGACUUGUAAAGGGCAUUUGAUAGCAUGGCCAAUAUUUCCAGUGAUUGUUUCAUGUAUCUUAAUUUUUAUAUUAUUUAUGUUUCAAACAGACAUUGCAUUUGCUUAGUGUCUUGUGUUGCAUGCUGUUUACGCUAACAUGGCUGAAAUGCAUGUGCCUCAACUUUGAAACUGUCUUUGAACAAGAUGCUAUUUUGUAGCAGCUUUCUUUGAAAUAUAAAUACUUGUGAGGUUUCAUAUGCAUUAAAUUUUGUUUGUGAUACAA